ACAUCCCAGUUAACCAUGAGCUAUCGUCCUCAAGGUGCCCUAAUCUUCAUGGCUCUCCUGGUCAUCAGUCUGGCCCAGAGUCAGCCAAAAGGUGAUGAAAAUUGUGAGACAAUGCCAUCGGAAAUUCAUCUAAUCAAAGAGGAAUUUGACGAAUUGGGACGCCUUCAGCGAACCUGUAACGGAGAAGUUGGUGUCAAUAAGUGCGAAGGAUUGUGCAAUAGUCAGGUGCAACCGUCUGUUAUAACUCCAACAGGAUUCCUCAAGGAAUGCUACUGCUGUCGCGAAAGCUAUCUCCGAGAACGUCUGGUAACCCUAACACAUUGCUAUGAUCCGGAUGGUGCACGUCUUGAUACUCCAGAAAUGGCAACAAUGGAAAUUCGUCUCAAGGAACCGGCUGACUGUCGAUGUUUCAAAUGUGGAGACUUUUCUCGCUAAACCAAAAGCAACAUAGUAAAACCAAAUUAGAAUCACUAAUCCCUGUAAUAAAAAUCAAAUAAUAACCUAUGCCAAAU